AUGCCUACUGUGCACUUGCUGGACUACGUUGCGGGGAACAUUCGUUCCCUGGUCAAUGCGAUCAACCAAGUCGGAUACGAUGUUGAAUGGAUCAGAUCUCCCGAGGACGUCAAGAAUGCAGAGAAAUUGAUUCUCCCGGGCGUGGGACAUUUCGGCCAUUGUCUUUCCCAGUUGGAGAAGGGAGGAUUCCUCGGGCCCAUUCGUGAACACAUUGACUCUGGAAAGCCAUUCAUGGGAAUCUGUGUCGGCCUGCAGGCUCUAUUCCAGGGCUCAGAGGAGGACAACGACGUCCCAGGACUUGGCGUCAUCCCCGAGCGCAUUCAAAAGUUUAACGAUACCUCGAAAAGCGUGCCACACAUCGGAUGGAACUCAGCAAUGAACACCGGAUCUCAGAGCUUCUGGGGACUGCGACCUUCCAGCAAGUACUAUUACGUCCACUCCUACGCGGCUCCGUACACACCAGGUGCCUUGGAGAAGGAUGGCUGGUCCGUGGCCACAGCAACAUAUGGCGAGGAGGAAUUCAUUGGUGCCAUCAGUCGGGGUAACGUCUUUGGUGCACAAUUCCACCCAGAGAAGAGUGGUACCGCUGGUCUCAGGGUCAUUCGCGCAUUUUUGAAUGGUGACCAGUUCCAAUCGCUUUCUGGAGACAUCGACUCCAGCAAGGCAAAUGGACUCACUCGCCGCGUGAUUGCUUGUCUUGACGUCCGCACAAACGAUUCUGGUGACUUGGUCGUCACUAAGGGUGACCAAUAUGAUGUCCGCGAGAAGAGUGGUGACGAGGGCGGAAAUGUUCGCAACCUUGGCAAGCCCGUCGACAUGGCCAAGAAGUACUAUGAGCAAGGAGCAGAUGAAGUCACAUUCUUGAACAUUACCUCUUUCCGAAACUGCCCUGUGGCCGACACACCAAUGUUGGAGAUUCUGCGACGCACAUCCGAAACUGUCUUUGUGCCUUUGACAAUUGGCGGUGGAAUUAAAGACACAGUCGACACCGACGGCACCCGCAUCCCCGCCUUGGACGUGGCAACAAUGUACUUCAAGUCUGGGGCUGACAAGGUCAGCGUGGGAUCUGAUUCCGUCUUCGCCGCCGAGGACUACUAUAAUGCCGGCGAGAAGUUGAGCGGUAAGACCGCUAUCGAGACGAUAUCGCAGGCCUACGGCAAGCAAGCCGUCGUUGUGAGUGUUGACCCUAAGCGUGUCUAUGUGGACAAGCCAGAGGACACCCACCACCACACAUUUAAGACCCAGUUCCCAAAUGCGAGCGGACAAAGCUACUGCUGGUACCAGUGCACUGUCAUGGGUGGUCGUGAGACUCGCGACAUCGAUGUGUGGCAACUUGUUCGCGCCGUUGAGGCAAUGGGUGCUGGUGAGAUUCUGCUGAACUGCAUCGACAAGGAUGGAAGCAACAGUGGAUUUGAUCUGGAAUUGAUCAACGACGUGAAGGCAGCAAUCAAGAUUCCUGUCAUUGCUUCAAGUGGCGCAGGCGUCCCGGCGCACUUUUCUGAAGUCUUCAACAAGACUACGACUGAUGCGGCGCUGGGGGCUGGAAUGUUCCACCGCGGCGAAUACACCGUUACUCAAGUGAAGGAUCACCUUCAGACCGAGGGAUUCUUGGUCCGUCAAUUUGAAGCUGAGAUCUAA